GAGCUGCAGGCCCCCGACUCAGGAGCUCGGGGUGACUAUGUCUUGCAAAAGACUAUGCUGCAUAGCUCUUGAAAGUGCAUCUUUCGUUUGUGUUACUUGUGGAUCCGACGUGAUAUAUAUUUGAGAGUUUGUGUCUUUGACGAAGGGUUACGAAUCGAGAUAGUCGCCAUGCAGCAGUGGAAGAAUUGGAGACGUCCGUCUCUACGCCAAUCGCAUGACCCCGUCUUGACGGCUGAAGACGAGGCAUUCCUACAGGAGAUCAUGUCUGAUCCGGCGAAUCAAGGACCGGUCUCGCCUGCUACUGAAGUCGAUAAUCAUCUAUCGCCUGUGUCCCCCGUGCCGACGGAAACGCUGGAAACUACCCAAUCGCCCGUGUCGCCGGCAGAGGAGUUUGGAAGGGAGCUAGGGGAGGAAGAACGAAAGGCUAGAGAUAAGACGGAGCGCUCGCAGAGUGUCUCCCAGGGUUCAAAAGCUGAAGGAUCUUCUCAGAAGAAGGGACCGUGGAGCUGGAUUCGAAGGAAGAGUACCGUGGAAAAGAAGGGUAAGGAAAACGGGAAUGAACCGGUGUCAGCACCUACUCCAAGCGAUGUACAGCUCUCCGAGCGGAAUAACGAUGAGGAGGCCAAGCAGGAAGCGGAAGACAUGACGGAGAUCCUCGAACGCCUUAACCUGGCGGCGGAAAACAACCGCGUGUUUUCCAUGGGCGACGAGACACGAGAGCUGCUUCGUAAAUUCACGUUGAUCUUUAAAGACUUGAUCAAUGGUGUCCCCACGGCAUACCAUGAUCUCGAAAUGCUCCUCAAGAACGGCAAUAAACAACUGCAAAGCACAUAUUCCCAGCUUCCCAAAUUCAUCCAGAGCUUGGUCGAGAAGCUUCCGGAGAAAUGGACCGAGACCCUGGCCCCUGAAGUUCUGGCAGCUGCCACUGAAAAGGCCAGCAGGAGUGGUAUCAACGUGGACAAUGUAGGCAAGGCUGCCGCGGCCGCCAACAAGAUGGGGCUAAAGGUGCCCAGCCUGAAGGAACUGGUGGGGAAGCCGGCAGCACUUGUAGGAAUGUUACGGUCCAUCAUGGCCUUCCUACGCGCCCGGUUCCCUGCGGUGCUGGGCAUGAAUGUGCUUUGGUCAUUGGCAUUAUUCAUCCUGCUGUUUGUCCUCUGGUACUGUCACAAACGUGGCCGUGAGAUCCGACUUGAAAAUGAGCGUCUUGUGACCGAAGAGGAGAUUGGAAAACUGAAUGAGGCGUCCCCUGAAGAGCAGAUCCGCAGGACUGAGACGUUGACGACCACGGCUCCCCGAGGAGCUUCCGCGGCAGAAAUCCGCCAGGGGGUAAAGGAGGUCGAGCAAGCACGAGGGGCAGCCGCUAUUGCGAGCAGCUCCAAGGAGAAGGAAAAUGCGCCUAAGAAUGACAUGGCCACUCGGCCCAAAAGAUCCAAGUCAAUAUUGUCCAUCUGGUCUAGGUCGGACCAAAAAGCAACACCGGCAGCACCAAAGAUUGAACCUUACCCAGGCACGUGAGUAUGGCGUUAUCACUUUUGGCGGGGCGGAAUCGUUUUUUGAGUCAUCUGAUACCAUCUGUCUUCAUCUGAAAUCCAUGACUGGACGUCUUACGACGACCUGUGCUCUGGCCUGAAUCAAAGCAUCACUUAGGCUACCUCAAACAUCAUGCGACCC